GAUUAUGUUUCAUAUUAAUGUUCUGUAGUAAUGGAUAGGCAAAAAUAUAUGCAUGGUUAUUAUUUUAACAUUUAUUUAUUACGAUUUUUACUUUAGGUGGUCCCGUUCGCGAUCAAAGUCUAAAUCGAGAUCACGCUCGCGCUCACGAUCGCGAUCGCGUUCACGGUCCCGUUCAAGAUCUCGCAGUAAUCGCUCGCGCUCGCGCUCAUCACGGCGCAGCCCAUCCCGCAGCAGGAGCGUUAACAUCAAGGAUAAGUAUCGCAAGAAACGGAAGUCUGUUUCCAAAGAUCGAAGCAAGUCGAAAUCUCGAUCAGGUUCCAGAUCGCGAAGCAGAUAAAUAUGGACAUGGAUUUAAUUGACGUUUAUCGGAUUCCUUUGACUUAAUUAAAAAGCUACGAUCCCUUUAACAGUUGAACCAAUAUUACAGAUUAGUCUUAGAUUAUUAUUUAGCAUAUAUAUAACUUACAUGUAACAUGGAUAGCAUAACAACUUCAUAUAAAUGAAGGAAUAUUAUUCUAUAUGAAAGAAAACACGUACAUUGUUAUUUUAUCAGCUUUGCAAUUUUUUUUUAAGUUUGUCAUAUUCAUCGCUCGCAUUUAAGUAUUAAUUGUAAACCGAUGUUCAAUAAAAUGGUAGCUUUUCAGAUAGGCGCGCAUUUAUAUUUGAUUGUACCAUACAUUCAAUCAAUGUCCAUCGUCUCGCCGAAAUCCCAAGUUCCCACACUAAAUAAGCACACGUGUAGUAUAAAAAUCUUCCCUUUCGUAUGUACAUCUGUUUAAUCGUGAUCACGCGGCGCGUUCGCCGAGUUUUCUUCUCUCUUGAAAUUUUUUUGCAUUAUCAGUACUCGACGGCAGUAAGGCGAGUUAAUAGGCGUAGCGAACGGUGUGAUCCGAUUUGCACACAUUUUCAAACACAUUGAGUUAUGCAGAGAAAUCGCAUUAAAGAAUAUCUCUGGGUUGUUUAAAAUUCAUAUUGUUGAAUGCUAUUCAAGUAUACUGAGUAUACUAUUUAAAAAUGAUAAUGAAAGAGAGAGGUGUGACACAAUGUGUGAAUGACUUUGACUUCAUUAAAAAUAAAUUGCAUGAUCAAUCAACAUGAUGAUUGCUCUAAAUUCCAAAUGGUUCGGCACCCAUGGCUCGCCUAAGGAGGAUUAAGGAGCAUGCAGACUGAUGCAGACUGGUGAGGUGGGGUAAGCGACGAAUGAAGGCGAAACGCGCUACAAUGCGAAAUACAGAAUGGUAGUAGUGGAGAAGUGGAGGGAGCCGAAGAAGAAGAGAGGGAAGAAAAAGAGUUAAAGAGGAAGAAAAAGGGGAGAAGCCGGUGUAGGCAGCUCUGGGCAGUCCUGGCAGCCGGUAGAGACCAUAGGCACGUUUUUAGUGAAGCUGAAGCAUCGUAAAACUUCGGCGAUUCUCUGUGAUUCUCGUUUGCUUCGGCUUUGCUCGAUCAUCGCGUAUACCGAGUUUCGUUGACCUCCCGUUACGCUUCUUUUUAUUGUAAAACAUUGCCGACGUGGUUCGACUGAGUGGCGAAAGCGAAAUUUCUCGCCGUACACAAACCAAUUAUACGCAUUCACUGUAUCAUUCUGCGUCGAGAGAGGGAGAGAGAAAGAGAGAGAGAGAGUGUGUGUGUUGAGCCAAUUGCGUGAACAAAUAAUCAGCGCCAAUUAAGCGUGCUGGCGCAAUGACUUCCGCGUAUGAGACAACGACAGAGUGCGAGCAGCAAAAGGCAACGAGUCCGCACGAGACUGCGAAAGUACGCUUCAACGGUCGAGAACCGGAUAACCCGUACACUGUCGCUGAUAUGGAAAAUGAGACCUCGUCAUCGUCUCGAGCCAGUCUCGCAACAGGUGAUUCGUCUAUUGACGAAUCCACGCUUUCUUUCGCAGAAGCCAGCGUUCUGCCCGAUGAAUCAUUCAAUGGAAUUGUCGGAAUGUUCGAAAAAGAGAAGGAAGAUAAGAACAUGGAACAUGUCGGUGCGAGUGUCUCGAUAAGUUCGGUAAAUGGUAUCUCGCGAAUGAGCGACUCCAAAAACGAGAAGCUGCCCUUCGAAGAUAAUGAGAGGCAAAAGGAGAGAAAGGAAUCGGUUUUAUUAGCGGAUAAUACUGCGCUGGAAAGCAAUGCGUCCACGUGCAAUGCGAGAAGGGAGCAGGUCAAGGACCAGAUCAAGGAUCAGAAGAAUUGGAGCGUAUUGGAGGAAAUUCGAAUGCAGGAACUGCACACGUGUGGUAGUAGAGUUUACGCCGGGGAGAAAUUUCGAGAUUCCGCAAUGGAGGACGUGCGAGCUUGUUGUGAGAACGUGGCGGAAAUUUGCCUGGAUGCGAACGAGAAACAGGAUGAAUUUGAAAGGGAAAUUAUCGGCCGGCAGGACUCGUUUUACGAUGCCGUACGAGCGGGAAACGCCAAGCGUGUCUCAGCGUUGAUCGCCAAUGGUUGCGUGCAAAACCUGGAUGAACCGGAUUGGAAUGUGUCAGGCGAUCCACCCUUGUUGAUGGCAGCGACGAAUCAAUGCCUGCCGGUGUUGAGCGCGCUACUGGCAAACGGGUGCGAUCCAGCUGUGCGUUCGCCGCGGGGCGAAACGGCACUUCACAGAGUAAUCCUGAAUGGCGGACCGAGUAAUGUAUUCAAGUUCGUAGAGGACCUCUUGAAAUACGACUGUCCGCCAGGCGUCAAAGAGGCCGGCAGUGGAUCGACUGCAUUGCACGUGCUUUCUCGUCAACUGGCUCACACGUCGCCAAAGUCUCUUCGUCACAAUUUCGACGCGGCCUUGAAGACGCUAGAAUUACUGGCGAGAGCAGGACCUGUCAAUGCUAAGGAUCAUCAAGGCCGAAGUGCUUUGCACAUUUUAGCAUCGUCAGCUAUCUUUGAUAACAACCACAAGACUGACAUAGAGUCGCUGAUUGGUACGCUUCUGGCCGCCGGCGCAGAUACCGCGCUAAAGAACGAUCGCGGAGAGACUGCUUUGCAUGAGAGUUUGGAGUGUGGGGCGUUAAACACGGCGACAUUGUUGAUACAACACACGUCGACGGGCAUCACAUCCCGAUACGGUGAAACCCCAUUGCACAUAGCGUCGCGAAAAAAUCAUGUCGAUAUCGUGGCGAGACUACUCGAACACGGCGAGGAUCCCGGCACGCAGGACGCCAGUGGGAAUACUCCGUUACAUCUCGCAUCAGCAAGAGGAUUUCAUCAGACAGUAUCGCUGUUGGUCACCUCGCCUUUAGCUCAAUUGGAGAAGGUCAAUAUCGACGGUCUGACGGCAUUACAGGUUGCCGCCGAGAGCGGAUUUGUCAACGCCGUCAGGAUAUUGUUGAAGGCUGGUGCCGAUCCCAGCCAGACUAUGCAUUAUUGCGCGACUAUCUUGCGCAGUUAUCCCGAUAUCUCGCUUCUAAUUAAUCAUGAAUUGAUCAGACGUAGGCAACUCGCUGCCUGAUUCGUCGAUUUCCGAACUAAUAUCCGGCAAUUUGUUAAAGAUCAUUAAAUGUUACUAUGGAACAAAGUGCAAUUAUAAAAUCAAACUUGUUGCUCAAUAUUGCGAUACGCAUUCGAUACAUAUGCGGAAAUUGUGUGCAAUCGUAAUCGCAUAAUAUAAAAUUGUUGCCAUAAAUCCCGGCUGUGGAUCAAAAUGCACUUAAUUUAAAAGAUUGUAACGCAUCUGCGUAUAUACACAUGUAUGAUUUAGAAUAUAUAAAAUUACAAUAUAGUUUAUACAAAUAAACGUUAAUAUCAUUAUCGUUUUAUUCUCACUAUUGUUGUCAUCGUGCGUAAUCUUGCCAUCAUAAUUACUACAUUAUUAAUAUUUUAAUUAGGUUUACUUGUUACUGUCAUAAGUGUUUGAAUGGGAAUUAAUAAAAUGAAACGGUACAGUUUUUAUAA